AUGAACGCGGAGGAGUUGCAUCGAUGGAAUCAGGAGGUCGAGCAACAAGCGUCUGAGGCGGGCCUUGGUCAAACACUUGCAGCAAACCAUCUCAUGCAACCUCCCGGAUUCGUAAGCUUGAGGAUCAUCUACACCAUGCUCUCUGCACCUGGAGGGCAUGCGUCAUUGAGCGAAGGAGAUGCGCACUCCACUCGCCAGCACGGUGUCUACCAACCACGCUUGACCGCUCAAGAUCGCAAACAUUUGGACGAGGACCCUCACGCAUCUCAGCGAUAUCCUGUGCUCCGGCUCCUUGACGCGUUCGUGUUACGACACAUGGAUCAAAGCGGCAGCGCUGACCUGCCGAUCGAGCAGCCAGUCCAAAUACACCACCAGAACACCACAGCGGCCUCCCUGUCAUCGAUUUGCGACUUUCAACAGCCUGUGCCAUCACAAGGACUGCCCUCGAAUCCAAUUGGCAGCUUCCAUUGCAUUAGCGAUAUACAGCAGCAUCCAAACGAUCUGUUCACAUCACUCAACCUGGAAAAAGUCCCCAGUCGCAGCAAUAACGCCCCGGCAGGUGGAUCUGACUCCAUCCCAUCCUUCGAUGACUACGAACUGGCACUCGAUGCACCUUUUCUGGAUUACAUGGACACCUUGGAUGAACAAGCCACGUAA